UCACUCGUCAGUCGCGAGUCAGCCGCCGCCCUCGCUAGUCGCAGCUGUUUCUCGUCGUGGACCCUCGGCUCUACAGUUGCGCCCGCACGCCGCCAGGUGCGCACCUUUCGAGCCUAUCCUACGGCGCGCGCCAGUCUCUCCCCGUGCCCUCGCGAGUCGUGACAUGAAGACGGUGCCCAUGUGCACCAUCGACGAUUUCGACGUCCAGCCGGAGAUCAGAGAUGCCGUCAAAGACCUCAUCUUGUCGGACGAUCAGCUCCGGGUGGUCAUGCAGAAGCUUAAUGUGGAGAUAGAACGUGGAUUGUCGAAAGAGACCCACGAUGAGUCCAUUGUCAAAUGUUUCUCCACCUACGUCCAAGAUCUGCCCAAUGGGACAGAGAAGGGCAAUUUUCUCGCCCUGGACCUCGGAGGCACGAACUUCAGGGUCCUCCUCAUCACCCUGGACGGGCAGAACUUCGACAUGAAGAGCAAGAUAUACGCGAUCCCGCAGAGCCUGAUGCUGGGCUCGGGGACCCAGCUCUUCGACCACAUCGCGAGGUGUCUGGCGCUUUUCGUGAAAGAACUUAAACUGGAGAAGGAGACCCUGCCUCUCGGGUUCACUUUCAGCUUCCCACUUGUCCAGCAUGGAUUGACCAAAGGCACCCUCGUCAGGUGGACCAAGGGAUUCAACUGCAGCGGCGUAGUCGACGAAGACGUUGUCGCACUCCUCGAGGAGGCCAUCGCCAGGAGGAAUGAUGUCAAGAUCGACGUGUGCGCCAUCCUGAACGACACGACCGGGACUCUGAUGUCCUGCGCCUGGAAGAGCCGAAAUUGCCGCAUCGGUCUUAUCGUUGGAACCGGCACCAACGCCUGCUACGUGGAGCAGACCUCGAACGCCAAGUGCGCCAUCCCCGAGAGAUACGACCCCAAGAAACCGCACAUGCUGAUUAAUUGCGAAUGGGGCGCCUUCGGGGAACAGGGAGUCCUCGACUUCAUCAUCACCGAGUUCGACCGCGACAUCGACGAGAACUCGACGCACCCUUCUAAGCAGCUCUUCGAGAAGAUGAUCUCGGGCAUGUACAUGGGCGAGCUUACCAGGCUCGUCCUCCUCAAGCUCAUCAACCUGGGCCUCCUGUUCGACGGGAAGUGCCCGAAGGAGCUGAAGAAACCGGGCAACUUCUUCACGAAGUACGUCUCGGAGAUCGAGAGCGACGCCAAGGGCAAGUACACGAACUGCCGGGAGAUCCUGGCAGAGAUCGGUUGUCGCAACGCCACGGACCAGGACUGCGAGAACGUCAGGUUCGCCUGCUCGGUCGUUUCCCGGCGAGCUGCGCACCUCGCCAGCGCAGGUAUAGCGACGCUUCUGGAGAAGAUGGGGGAGAACAACGUGACGGUCGGCGUCGACGGGUCCGUCUACAGAUACCACCCUCACUUCCACAAUCUCAUGACGGAGAAGAUCAGUCAAUUGCAGAAGUACAAGUUCGACCUGAUGCUGUCCGAAGAUGGGAGCGGUCGCGGGGCGGCGCUGGUCGCCGCGGUGGCGUCGCAACAUCGGUGAAGACCAGAUCGGCCGGAUCGUUUCUACUUAACGCUUAGAUAAGAUUUACACUAAGUAACGAUGAAAUUGAUAUAUUAUAUAUAUUUCUGUAUAUAGGGAAGAGAGCGCACGAAGCGUAGCGAUAGGCUGGCGAUCGAUUCCGAGCUGGUACGAGGACGAGGAGGUCGAGUUUGCGAGUUCGUUCACGUGAGACCGUUCACGUGUCUCCGAACGCGCGUUGGUUAAUCCCACGUUGUAAACAUGCAGGAUGUAACGAAAGAAAAUUAGGAAGCCACGUAUCACACAGCGGCUCAUUACGCCGUAAACGCGGAAAUUCGUUGUUUUUAUUCAUUACAUGCAGAUCAUGCACCGUGGAAAAAGAAAAUAGUACAGGAUAUUUCGACUCCAUUUUCAAAGAUGGCGCUGUGUGCGCGUUGGAUACUGAUUUUGGGGGUUACACCCUGUAUUGGGGUAAUCGACGCGCCAUGUGAACGGGUCCUUGAUCGAAGGGUAGGACUUUUCGACGGAUUCCGCAGGACCUCCGCGAGACGCUGCGGAAUCUCCGCAAUUUUCGGCGGGUCCGCGGCCUCGCUCCGCCGGACGGUGAUGCCUGCGUUCCUUUUCGGUAUUAUUUCGAGGUUAGGUGUCGGGCUCUGAUGUCAGCGACGCGUACUACUUGAGUCGGUAUACGUACUACUUUUUUUUCAUUUUUCUUUCUCGUCUCCUUUUCUUUAACGAUGUCCAAUCCACGGACUUCCAGAGGCGACCCGCGAAGCACUACAGGCUGUCGUCCUCUCAAAUCAUUACGUAAAACGCAACAAAGUGAUCGAUUAGCGGCGUACAUCAUUAAUUAUGUCGUCUCUCUUUUCUUUUCUUUUUUUCACUCCUCGAGUGACGGGAUGAAUCGCAAAAUCGGAUUUCUUGAUCGCAUUCGUCGUUUCGUCCCCUAGAGAGGAGUCGGUGGGGUUUCGCGUAUCUUUACUGCGCAUGCGUAUGCAAGUGCGUACUUGGCGCGAAACUCUACCGAGUUUUCGGACCUUGGUGUCGCGUUAGAACUAGGCGUUGGCGCGCACUUCCCUUUUAAAUGAAAUCAUGUAGGUGAAAUAAUGUUUAUAUUUAUCGUGAUGGCUGUUAGUUCGCGGACAGGUUAGCGCGGCUUUUCGGGCUCCUCGAAACCGCCGCGGAAUGUCCGCGCGUUGUGCUAGCUCGCGAAGAGUUACGUGGGCGGAGUUUUGUGGUUAGAAAUUCUUCUUCGUUUAUCGUUUCCCCUCACCCCGGAAUCGGUUCUUCUGUCAUUUAGCGUCAUUUGAAAUUCACGCCAUCCGGCUGCUGAGAAUUUACUAGAGGGUCUCGAUUUUGCGAAGUAUUGAAACGAGUAAAGUGUCCCGAUCAUGGAAUAAAGAAACCACGUAAUUUAUUGUA